UUUUGUUACAAGAAGACAAUACAAUUAAUUUUUAAGGAAAGGUCGAUUAUUGCAAAAAUAAAUGCUGGAACAUUUCGUAUCUGAAAGUUGGCAUUAAAACGGCGGCAACAGACGUUAUAUGAAUUCUUUGUGCCGAACGCGCCAAGAAUUGUUUACGCGCGAAAGCUGGAGGUGGAAGUCACAGAGGACCGAGAUCCUUGUGCAUAAGGACUUUAAUCUUGUUGUACACGGUACGCUACAACUUGCCAGAUGCCUAUUGCCACUGCAACACUCCGGUUUGUGAAGCUAACGGAAAAUGCAUUUGCUCCUUCGAAAGAAUCUUCAACAGCAGCAGGAUAUGACCUGAAAAGUGCAUAUGAUAUAGUUGUCCCUCCACGUGGAAAAGAACUUGUAAAAACUGAUAUUAAGAUACAACUACCUAAAGGUUGCUAUGGGAGAAUAGCCCCACGGUCAGGUCUAGCUUUAAAACAUCACAUAGACGUCGGAGCUGGUGUUGUUGAUGAGGACUACAGAGGAAAUGUUGGCGUUGUUCUUUUUAAUCAUUCGGAUAAGCCCUUCAACGUUCAGCGUGGCGACAGAAUAGCACAGCUAAUAUGUGAACAGAUAUUCUAUCCAGAUCUGGAGGAAGUUCAGGAACUAGAAGAUACCGAUCGCGGCUCUGGUGGAUUUGGUUCAACAGGCACAAAGUGAAGUUCCAUUUCUACAAUCAGUGCAUUAUCCUUACAUUAAGUGGUAAUUUUUUUGAUCUGUUUUUUCUACGUUGGAUUUGUUUGUUCAUUGCAGUAUUUAUAGUUUUAAAUGCAUUUAUUGUUUGUGAUGUUCAAAAGUAGUGAAAAUAGGGAUUACCUAGAUAUUUUUUUUCGUCUUUCCUUGAAGUUUUAAAUUAAAGAUGUGUUUGUAAAAUUUUUAUUAAUGCAUCUGGGAUAAACAAGUACAAAAAAUUCAAUCUUUCCGUUUUAACAGUAUAUCAUUCAUUUUAUAGAACUGGAAAAAACUUUGAACUCGAUUUUGGACAAUGUAACACCUAUGGUUGUUAAGUAGACUAUAUUUCAGGGUUAAGUGGACUUCUGUUAAAUAAAUUAUAGCACACUAAAUAUAAAAACAUGCUGCAACAUUAGCAAAUGAGUUUGAUGUGUGAAUGGGGAGAAAUCAUGGCAGUAACAAAAGUAGUGCACAUCGACUUCAACAACAGAUAUACUAUCGAGCCCACUCAUGCCCUGUGUUGGAUUGGAUAGUUUGACAAUUAUUUCACAUGGAGAAACAAUGGUGGUGUCUUCCUCUGCAGCUUCACAUUUUGUAAUAGUAACUGGUACUGUAUCUUCUAAAAUUUAAUUUUACGGCAACCAUCACAUUUUAAUGACUUCAACAACAUAAUUGUGACUUCUUGGGGCAGUUUUUUCCCGUACUUCAAUUACAGUGAAGUCAGCUUUCUGUACUGAUUCAACGUUUUCUUCAGCAUCUGUUUACAGAUUCGUGACAUAGGAGUCAAUAUACUGAACAUAAGAAUCUUUGAGUUGCUUGCUUAUUUUCAAAUAUUUGGCAUUUGGUGGAAUACUUUACCCCGUGUAACUUACACUUCUUCACUAAUGGCUUUGAUCUUGCCCUGCUGUUGCCUUUGUUGUUCAAUGGGUGUUCUGGUAAUAAACCACUUUUCCUAUUUUUUUACUACUUGCAUUGUUUCACCAACCUUAGGAUGUGGCCACUUGGACGGAUCUAAUUUUGUAGCUUGAUCUUUUGGCAUGACAUACAUACAUACAUACAUACAUAUGUAUGUAUCUAUGCAUGCAUCGUCUUCCUGUGAACAAUCUACUGUUUUCUUGCUGAACUGGUAGAGGUCUGUCUGUCACAUAACAAAAUAGUUUGGUAAACAUAUUCUGAACAUAACAGUUCAGUACCACUGACACUAGUCUCUAAAGACGUUGAAAGAUCAUAAAUAUCAAAGGACAUAGUGCAUUUAAAAAGUGCAGUAUCAUGUAUGCUAACCCUCUUUGCACUGGCUGAUGUUCAUGUGACAUGAUGAGCAUGCACUGUCAGAAGCUUUUAGAGGUCCAAAUACUGUGAAAUCUAAGAGCUGCGUCUCAUGACUGUUGUGAGUAGGAAAAGCUAACAAAAGAAUGCCACUGCCUUAAAAAACUUAAUUGAAGGUAUCAGUAUUGUGUGACUCAUGGUUGUCCACACUAAUUUUGGUGCAUGUUUCACAAAAUUCUUUAAUACAGUUGCCUCACUCAUCCCCUUGAAUUGGCUUCUCCUCGACUUCCCUAAAACAAAUAGAGAUUGGCACUAAUUUUCCUGUAGCUACUACAGAUGCUGUUGGACACACACACACACACACACACACACACUCUUACUGGACAGACAUUUGACCUAUAUGUUUCUUGGUCAGUAUUAUAGACGGCAUGUGAACUGUCGUCACUCUUGUCUCGUCAAGACUGUAAAUAUCUCAUGAGCCAAAUUAUAACCUUGCUUUUAUAUCUCGCAAUUUAUCAUGGAAUACAGCCACUGUUAAGUAAUUGCUCUGUGUCUAUAGCGUCAGAUAUGGCUCUUCCAUAAAGCAGUGAGCCAGUUUUCUCCUGCUGUUUUCAUGUUUUCCCAAUUUUAAUCUUCUGUUUUCUGUGACUCAAAAGUAAGUUUUGGUGAGAUUGUUGAAACAUUUUCUGACCACCAUAUGCUCUUCAUCCAUAGAAAAGAACAGAAAAAACCUUGUAGGUGUUCAUUCUGAGGGUAAAAGUUAAAUUUUGAGGUAUCUCCUGCAGCUUGACUGCCUGGUGUCUCUCCAUUUGCUAUUGAUUUUAAAACAUUUUUCAGGUCUGUUGCAGCGUAUAACCUAUUUUGUGUUGCACGUAGACAAUUUUUAGGUUUUUUCUAAAAGAAAAUGUAAGAAAAGGUUUCUGUAUUGAAAGUGUGAAUUUUAUAAAUGCAAAUUUUUCACAUUUGCAUCAAAUUUAUUUUCUUCCAUACAGUUUUUUGGGGUUAAUGGAAACAAUCUGGUACAGCUUAAAAAUUACUGGUCCACUUAACCCUAUCUUCCUUUUAGAAAAAGUUUUCAAAAUGACUCCAUGUGUAGCUUAUAUUUCAUGGAGUUCUGCAAAGCAGUAACAGCUGAAUUUUACUCAAGCGAACAAAACUGUGUGCUAUUACUACUUCAAAAAUGAGAAUUUAUUAGUUCUGAAAACAAAAUUAUUCUUACCUGCGCUUUUUACUACUUCAUCCAUAUCUGUGAAUGUGGCUAUCUACAGCAGCCACAUUAGCUCACACAAUACAGAGAAAAAGUCUUGAGUAGGUGUGUUAAUGUAAUAGUUCAGUUAGCCUUUAACUUCUGAACAUAGGUUUGAAUCUCGCACAUAAUUAUAGUGUAUAACAUCCUUAAGAACACUAGCAAGUUAUCAAAAACUUCUAUUGUGUUUUGUGAAGUUUGUUGAAUUUGUCUUAUUCCUUCUGUUGUUUGAUAAUAAAGAAUGGCUCAGCACAAUA